CCACCCAAAAGCAAACACACAUUUUGACCAAAAUGGGCGUUAUCUAAAAAUGUUAUAAGAUUGAGUAUGAAAGCAUUUCUUAACAACCUUAUUAAACCAUUUGCUAGUUUCUAGGUCACCCAACACGUUAGCUUCUUUGACAGAACCCGAAAUGGACAGCAACCGCGAGCUACAAACGGUGUUAAAUAUCUGCCAUUGUCCAGCAAAUUGUUCCAUUACCACCUGAGUGUUGCCUGCCUAAGAUGGCUAUGGUAAAGAGUGGUUGGCUCCAUCGACAAAGUACCAUACUGCGUCGGUGGAAAAGAAACUGGUUUGAUUUGUGGGCUGAUGGACGGCUUGUGUUCUAUAAUAAUCAGCAAAGGCGUGACAUGGAGGAUGACAUCCACAUGAGGGUUGACUGCAUUAACAUCCGCAACGCUGUUGCUUGUCAAGAGCUGAACCCUCCAGAGGGGAAGAUGCGUGAUUCCUUGCUUCAGAUAGUUUGCAGAGAUGGACGGGUCAUCAGCCUGUGUGCAGACAGCGCAGACGAUGCUCUGGCAUGGACCAUGGCACUUCAGGAUGCCAGAAUUAAUGCGGUGGUCGCUACACCUCAGAUCGGCUUUGCACAGGAAGUGAUAGCAUCUGCUCCUCCCCCCUACUCAGAAUAUGCUCCACCACCUCAGCAGGGUUAUGCCCUGGGACCGUAUGGAGAAUAUGUUGCACCUCCGCCACAUGCUACACAGAUUGUCUACUCUGCUGAUGGGCAGCCCUACGCUUAUCCUUAUCAGUACCAAGGUGGGUACACCACUGCUGGAGUGAACCACGUUGUUAUUCAACGCCAGCAUGAAGACCGAGGAGACGUGGCUUUGGGCAUGCUCGCUGGAGCAGCAACUGGUUUGGCACUUGGCUCUCUCUUCUCUGUCUUCUGAUGUCUUCCUUAAUGUACAUUUAGUAGCAUAUACUCCCUAUGUGUUCUACACAGUAAAUACUGUUAGCACUUUCUCAUAUGCCCU